AUGGACCACACCUUCCUCGUCCCAUCCAUCACGGGGCCCGAUCCGUCAGUCGAGACUGUGUGGAUCCAAUGGCGAGGUGAAGAUUCACAAACAACAUCAGACCCAGGUCCGACACCUGCCACUGUAAACGAGGUCGAUCUGGCUCCCAGUGCAAGCUCAACGGCGGUGGGGAGUUCAAAUUCGACUCCUCUACCGCCAUUGUCUGCCUCGUUUCUGUCGAUGACCACCGUUCUCACAUCAUCGCCACUCUUAUUUCCUCCUACUGUAUCCUUCAGCUCUCCGUCACCUUCAACCGAGACAUCCACGUCCGCAAGUGUAAACACCACCAUCACCUCACCACCAUCCUCUGCCUACACCACAGGCAUAUACAUUGCUCUCGGGAUAUUCUUGUUCUUCGGCGUCAUGUGUGCUUUGGUCACUAGUCCUGUGACUGCCAAUGCGAUCAAAGGGGUUCGCGGGAGGCGAGGAAGAGCGAGAGAGCAAUGA